UUUAUUUUUUUUAUCCACGGUACACUUCCUCCAAAAAAAAGAGGAUACCACUCUGUUAACACACACACUAUCUAUAAAUAUUUUAAUUGUAUCAAUUCCCAUCAAUCCCAUUCAAUCAAUCAAUCAAUCAAGUUUCUUCAAUCAUACCCUUUGAUCUAUUUGGAAAUCAUACGUAAUAUUUACCGUACUCAUCCAUCGAUAUCAUCCUUACCCCAGUACAUCCUCAUCCUCCUCCCCUAGCUUUUGCCCUUCUCCCAUCCACCGGUAAAGCUGCUUGAUUUCAAACAAACACAACAAAUAAAUUUUAAUUGUUUUUAAACGUUAGCGCCACUUUCAUUUCUAGUUUGAUAUACAUCCAUACUUAUAGUAUCUUGUCUAUAACUUUUAUACUUAGUUCAUUCAUAGUUAUAUAAGUCAUUUUCAUCCAUCCCAAAUCUCAUUCAAUCAAUUCAUCAAUCCAUCUAUAUAAUACAGCAAACAUGAAUAACGAAUACGACUAUUUAUUUAAAUUAUUAUUAAUUGGUGAUUCCGGUGUUGGUAAAUCUUGUUUAUUAUUAAGAUUUGCUGAUGAUAAUUAUACCCCUGAUUAUAUUUCAACUAUUGGUGUUGAUUUUAAAAUUAGAACGAUUGAUUUAGAUGGUAAAACUAUUAAAUUACAAAUUUGGGAUACUGCUGGUCAAGAAAGAUUUAGAACCAUUACUUCAUCAUAUUAUCGUGGAGCUCAUGGUAUUAUUAUUGUUUAUGAUGUUACUGAUCAAGAAUCUUUUAAUAAUGUUAAACAAUGGUUACAAGAAAUUGAUCGUUAUGCAACAGGUGGUGUAAUGAAAUUAUUAGUUGGUAAUAAAGCUGAUUUAUCUGAUAAAAAAAUUGUUGAUUAUACUGCUGCUAAAGAAUUUGCUGAUGCUUUAGAUAUUCCAUUUUUAGAAACUUCAGCUUUAUCAUCAACCAAUGUUGAACAAGCAUUUUAUACCAUGGCAAGACAAAUUAAAGCUCAAAUGACUAAUAAUAAUAGUUCAAAUAGUGCAUAUAAUUCAGGUAAAUCAAAUGUUAAUUUGAAAGGUCAAUCAUUACCACAAGAUCAAAAUAGUUCAUGUUGUUAGAUUCAAGUUAAUUUUGAUUUGAUUUUAUGAUUUAUACAACUUAUGGUUAUUCUUUCUAUUACUAAUUGUUGCUAUUAUAUUUUUGUUGUUAAUUAUCUCCUUUCCCGCUUCCUCUUUUAAUUUUCUUAUAUUU